AUGCCUCAUACAACGCUGUUGCACACUUCAAGCUCCCGUUACCAGAGCUCUCCUCGUCAGGCCGCGAAACAUUACCUUCAAUUUUAUCAACGACUUUCGAUUUCAUUUAUCGAAGGAAUUAGUACUGGUGUUCCAGUUUUCCAUGUGCGUACUGGUGUGGCUGACGGCUGGCUUAUUGGCCCGCGCGGUGUUGAACGAUCAGGAGACUUGCUAAUUACUUUAUCGUUAUGGUGGGGUGGCGUAAUAGCUGGUUUUUUCACGUUAUGGGACAUACGGGACUCAAAACUUUGUUGUUUGACUGGCUUCCUGGCUGUUUCGUUACAUGGGGAGUUGUGGUUGUGCUUGCUCCUGUUUUUGACGUUGUAG